CAUUGUUAUUCAUUAAUAUAUUACAAAGGGCUAUAUGUAACUGAUAAAUGAUUUACUACUACUAAUCGUUAAUGCAAAUAAAAGUUGUAUAUCAUAAUAAUAUAUGAUAUCGGAUGGGACACAAAUAUAUCGUGAAGUUUUAAUUUUGCUACGAUAAAGAGCCAUGCAGUAAGAGGAAAGCACAUGAUAUUAACAGAUAGACCCAUGUAAUUCAUACAUCAUCAGAAUCAUCAAGCUAAAAAAGUUUCAACUAGAUGAUUUCGGAAACAAAAGGCAACCAGACUUUUCACCACAACAUUUAAGAGCUCCAAAACGCUUUUUUGUGAUGCAGAUUUCAUAACCGUGUGUGCGACGCAUUUACAGGUCACGUGAAAAUGUCACAGAAUAACCAGAGUGAAUUUAACAGUUCUGACACCGAUGAUUAUGGUUUAUACACCGACAAUACGUCUUAUAAUUACGACGACUACAGCUAUGGGGAUGUGUACAUGUAUCCAGGCUAUGAUUUUGAGAGGGCGCUGUAUCUGUACAUUUGGGAAAUAAUGGUUAUUGUAACGUCCCUCUUUAAUUUUGUCGUUAUUUCCGUCCUCCUUCGAAGAAAAAUGCGGAAUGCUACUAACAUAAUUCUCGUGGCAAUUGCUGUUUCGGAUUCUCUCACUGGAAUAGUGACUUUACCAACAUACAUCAUGGUGUUUCAGAGAUUCGACCCACUUGAGUACAAUCAUGAUUAUAACACGAACUCAAAUGGAACAACCAACUCGUCAUCAUAUUACCCAGAUUAUUCAAUCUAUUCCGCCCAUACAGAAGCGCAGGAACCAGUAGAUGGCUAUAUACUGACAGAAGAUUUAUGUAAUGGUUUUAUGAUAACAAAGUACUUUCUGUCGAAAUCGUUUCACACAGUUUCAAUAUUUCUGACAUUAUUUCUGGGAAUUCAAAGAUACGUGUCCGUUGCUUUCCCGUACAAGUCGCAGUUUCUAUUUAAUAUCAAGCGAACGCUUGUCAUUUGCGUCGUUAUAUUUGUUUUGUCCCCACUGCUACAUUCGUAUCACCUGGGAAGCAACAAAGCAAAGGACGGACUUUGCCAAUGGGAACUGCAAGAACAUGGAUGUGGAGGAGUUUGCAUCUAUUUGUGGAUAGCAUUCUUCAUACGUCACUUCCUGCCUUGUUUGACGCUUGUUGUCUUUUCCGUGCUGUUCAUUUCACAGUUACGCGUUGGAGAAGAAAGCUUGCGUAGGAUGGAUAGUAAUCGGUCACAGAUAUCUCGACGUGUUGAAGAAAAUCGCCGCAUCUCAAUCAUUGUAACAUGCAUCGUUAUUGUAUUUCUAAUACCGGAAAUACCAUACGGCGUUUUCUUGCUGUAUAACGCAAUAGAUAAAGCGGCCAACGACGGUAAAGGAAUUGAUUUAGAAACAAACAGGGCGAUUUCAAUGGCGUAUGAAAUUUCACUUGUCCUUUCUUUCCACGCAAACUUUUAUAUAUACACUGUGUUUAACAGAAGAUUCCGUAAAGUACUAUACAGAACUGUUGUCAAACCAGUGAGGCGAUUUGUUGGUGACCCACGAAGACUUUCGAUCACAAAAACAUCUUCAACAUCACAUCAAGGUUCGACAAGGAAAACAACGAUGACAAAUUCAAAGACCAUAGACUCAAAGAUUCAACUCGACACGAACUGGCUACGGUGUGAUAAUUCCGAGAAAAUGCCCCAAAUGGAAAUGAAAGCCCUUGAGACAUUUGCUCCAGAGAAGCAACCAAGUGAAAAUGAACCUGAGCUCGAACCAUUAAAUGCUAAAGAUAAUUAAUCAUAUAUCUCUUGUUACAAGAAAUGUAACACUGACAGAAAGAAAACUCUAAUAAUAUUGUAUUAUAAAGCUAUCUGUAUAAAUAUACCUGUUCUUUUCUGAGGAUAUUUCAAUCACUUUGCGAUACACAUGCAUUUAAAAUUGAUACUGUAUUUGUGUAAUAUAUAUAUAUA